AUGGCACCAGCUUCUUCAGCAGCCGCGGCUGCUGUGGCGGCCAGCAGCCUGGACCACUUGCUGCGGCCUCUACACUGGGGGGCCGUCCUGCGACAUCCGAGCGUUGCUGACUCAUCGCCCAUCCUCUUUCGCCUGCGCACCCUCAUCAUAGCCUCCAUCACCACAUCUUUCGUUUUCUCCGAACUCCUCGUACUGUACCACCAGGGCACUGAAGACUUGGACCUCUUCAUUCUGAUACUCGGCAUCGCAGACACCAUCGCUAUGUGGGUCUUCCGUAUGGCACACAUCACUCUUCACGAAAGUGACUUCCAUAAGCUCGCCCUCCAGGUGAGCCAGGACUUCGCCGACUUCGUGACUUGGGAGGACGUUCCUGUGAUGCGCAGGCGGUGCCGCACGGUGCGUCGAAUAUCGCUGACCUACAUGUGCUUCGGCUUGUCCAACUGUGCAUAUUUUCUUAGCUUACCCUCUAGCCCCGACGGUCUGCCCUACGUUCUGGUUCUGCCCUUCGACGCGACGAAGCCUGCAAGUCACACCAUCGCUUGGCUCUACUGCAUGAUUGUGACUGUACACACCGUGAUCAUGACCAUAGCGAUCAACUCUUUCAACAUCAGCGUCAUCACGCAGCUAUGUAUACAACUCACACAGCUUAACAAGAAAAUAGUCAAUCUCAACAAAGACAUGCCUGAGGAGCCUGGACAAUCUGGGAAAAAACCUGCCCAACGUGACCUUUACUGCCGACUGAAACAGUGCAUCCUUCAACAUCAAGCUAUUAUCAAGAAUGUCGACUUGCUGCAAAGCUGCCUGGGCGUAGUGCUGCUGGGGCAAAGUUUAUCCGUCGGUACCGCGGCCUGCUUCGAGAUGUUCCAGAUUGCCACGAGUGCUGAUGGUCUGCAACAAAUUGGGAAGUUUGGUACUCACUUGUUCACCAUCCUUGCGGAGCUCUUCAUUUACUGCUGGUUUGGAGAUGAGCUCAUUACUGAAAGCGAGAACCUGGCUCUAGCGGCCUACGACGCAGCGACGUCACUGCAGGAUAGUCCCGUGUCCAUCAAACGGUCGCUCGUGCUGCUCAUGCAACGUGCACAGAGACCCUUGUGCAUCACCGCUGGUGGGUUCUUCCCACUCUCCAGGGAGUCUUUUGUUGCGGUCCUUAACGUGUCUUACUCUUUCGUCGCCAUUCUGCGGAAUUUCAAGAAUGAAGAUUAG